AUGGACAGGUUUUUCUCGACAGCGGCAACCACAGGCGAUGGAGCCGAUUUCAAGUUUGGUAAGCUAGAUGAAAAUUACAAACGGAAUACUAAUGAUUCAUCAGAACCAGAAGAUGACUCUGUAACGAAUUCAAGCAGUUCGCUUCAGAGUUGGAUUAGUUGGUUCUGCUCGCUGUCGGGCCAUGAGUUUUAUGCGGAAGUGCCAGAGGACUUUAUCGAAGACGACUUUAAUCUUACCGGACUAUCGGCACUCGUGCCAUACUACAAUGAAGCAUUGGAAAUGAUCCUGGAUGUUGAGCCAGAAGAAUACACAGACGAUGACGGACAAUCCAAAGACGACGCCACCCUAAAAGACGAUGAGGAUGAGAAUGAUGGACUAGUGGAGCCUUAUGCAGUGAUGCUUUAUGGACUCAUCCACCAGCGAUACUUGCUCACACGUAACGGCCAACGGUUGAUGGCAGAACGUUAUGCUUCGGGACAGUUUGGGUUUUGUCCGCGCGUGUACUGCGGACGCUGCCCAAUCCUGCCCUGCGGCCGUUUUGAAGAGGCUGGACAGGAGAGUAUCAGAAUGUACUGCCCCCGUUGCAUGGAUCUUUACAGUGCCCCGAGCUCGGUACAUCAGUGUAUAGAUGGUGCUCACUUUGGAUCGACCUAUCACCAUCUCCUCUUUCUUGCUUACCCUGAGCUGGUUCCUGCUCCCAAGCGACACAUAUACCAGCCCCGUAUCUUUGGAUUCCGUGUGAACGAAAAGUCACAAGCAGGACCGAGAAUGCAAUGGCUUCGAAUGCGACCAAGUAAUUAUGUGGAUGAUGAAGACAGUGAGGACAUGGAAGAAGAGCGAGAAAACCCGGACGAUGACUCUUUGGAAGAAGAGGCGGUGGGUAAGGUAAACAGACACGAUGUCACAGCACGCUGA